CAUGUGUUUAGUAACCACAUCUAGCACGAUGUGGUUCACGGUGGAAAAUAAUGACACACUGGAAUCAAGGAUCUCAUGACGUUAGUGCCAUUUGCGUCUUUCUUUAACUUCUUCCUCAAUGUCAUGACUGUGCAGUCAAACUGACCGAAUCACAGUGUGUGUUUCCUAUAUCCAUUUUCACAAGUUAGCAGUAAAUGUCUAAACAGCCACACUGUGUCAGCUAUUUGUGAUUUGGAAAGAAAGGGUUUUGAAAUUUCAUUGCAGGUCUCUGAGGGAGUCAGUCCUGUGUUGCUGGUGUCAAUAACAGCCCCCCCCCACUGAAACCCCCAGCUCAUUGUCAUGUGCCUAAAAUGUUGGUAACUUUCCCACGUGCUCUUCCAGUUGCAACUUAUCACAACAGCACUAAACAUUCCUUUUACCGUCUCAUUGGCCCAUGCCAGGAAAAUACAAGCGGAGAGAAUAAACCAGGCUGUAGAUAAUCAUCCAGUGAAUGACAACAACUCUGUUGUCACAUCAAGGGCUUUUCUUUCCCUCUCAUCCCAUUAACCUUGAGUGUGGCGUAAUGUAAAUAUUGGAGUAGUGUAGCUGAAAGGUUUGCUGAUCAUUUUCUGGCAGGGCCAACGUUCAAAUAGUGCCAGAGAGGACAUCACUUAGCAUCAUAAUAGGGUGCUGUUAAACAGCUGUUUUGAGAUAAAGAUGUUUUUAAGAUUUGAUAAUCUAUGGAUUGGUUACACAAGAAAAAUAAAGAUAAAACGUUAAAAACACAGGCUGUUUGAAAUGAGCUAAGGAGGUCACAUACUUAACUAGAAUAGUUGUAACUGUCAAAUAUCUUUGAGGAUUAUUUUCUGGGUGUGAAAAGUACAAGAUAAUGGCUUUGUUCUGCUUUUAGCUCUUCUCAGUUGAUAGCUGUGACAGUGCUGAUAUUAAUGGCUGUAAAAACACUAUGUGGUAUGCACAGAAGAAUUCAAACUCAACUGCAUGUGCAAGGCAUGUGUUUUCACUUAUUGCACAUAAGUGAAAACCAUCUUAUUAUAAUAUAACCUGAUGAUUUAGAUAAAAAUAAACAUCCAUGUAUUUCUCAGAAAAAAAGAAGUGGUUACAUAACAAGUGUUACCUUUUGCAUUUUAAUAUAUUUGUAGAAUUUAAUGGCAAAGUCUGAUUUCAUAUAAACUUUUGUAUCAACAUGUUUUUCUUUUUUUUGUGCUCUCACUUCCCAUUAAGACACUAAGGGGUAAAUGAGAAAAUACAUAAUAAAAAUAACAAAGCUUUCUUCCCUGUAAAUUUACAGUAAUGCUGGAUGGAGUUACGCAAUAAGUGGGAAGACAAGUCUCACAAAUGUUCUAGACAAUUCCUGGCAUCAGUCAUCAGUCAGCAUACCAUAGCAGACUACUCUAAAAAAUAUUUCUAGUCAAAUACUAUACACAUUUUUCAAACCAAUGCCACACUUUGAGUUUGUGAUUUUUUAAAAUUUUUCAUUCUUUUGAAAAACGAAUUGUGAAAAACAGUACUGUCACAAAACAGUACUGGCCUGUUGUUCAUUCUCAACUGUGGUGAUCACCCAUGGCACUUCCCAAAAUUCACAGAAACACACAAAGAACAGCAUUCACAGCAACACAGUCAGAGAGAAAGAGAGACAGAGAGAGACAGAGAGAGUUACCAGGAAAUUAUCACUGGAUGAUUGGUAAUGACAAAGUGGUCUUGCUCAACCAACAAGGAAGUUUUACAGUAAUACAGUGAUAAACGCUGUAUGUUGUUUAGCAGACAAAUGGAGGCGUGCAGGUAGAGGCAUCAAGUGGCAAUUACUGUAUAGGACUAUAGUACAAAGCUAACCGACUCACAUUAACUGAUAUUCCAGUAUAUUGACUGCAUAUCUCAGUGACAGUUCCACAGGAGUUUUCCCUAUUUGAAUCACACACUUUAGUUUGUAUUUCACAGCAGCAGCACCCUUUCCUCCUUUGUUGUAUCAUGUAAAGGUUUCAGUAAAAAAAAAAAAAAAAAAAAGUUUAAACUAAUGUUUAAAAAAAAGAAAAAAAAAGACACUGCUGAUGUUGUUGACUCAACCUGAAUUCAGGGCUCACUAUAUACAGCUGUGCAAACAAUAAGCGGCGCCUUUGUAAUUGCCAACACCACAAAUAAUUUCAUGAAAUUGGCAAAACACGUAAAGCUUUUAAAAGAUCUCCCUGUUCAGUGAAUUUCUGCUAGACCAAGCAGCUCCAAAAUAUUUUGUUGAAUAACAUUUUUCUGCUUUUCACCUCUCUUUCCAGUCGAAAGGUCCGCUUUUUUCCCCCCUCAUACCCAGUGGGUUUACGGGAACCAUGAGCUAGAGUAAAUUUCUGAGUCAGUGUGGGAAAACCUGAACAGCUGCCUUUUCCACUAAACAGUGGUUUAGACAAACAAGCUAUCGUGCAAGGCCUUGUCUCUUGCGCUAAAAUAUAGGGAACAAUUCAUCAACUUUGCAUGUGAAUUUAAACUCAUUCACUUCUAAUGACAAGACAUUCUAACAGUAUUAGUGGGCAAAAUACAUCCAGUUGAGCCUGGACACACAUUUAGAAAAACAUAAAAACAUGGCCAUAAGGUGUUUUUUUGAUUUACUAUUUACAUUAUGUAAAUCUACUAUAAAUGAAAGACACAGAAAAGCACAUGCACACACGGCCUACAGAGCCAAGUCUGUCACUGCCAAGCCUCACACCCUGAGCCUCAGAUGUUUGGCUGGAGUCCCACGGUGCGCUACAACAACAGAGCAGAAAGCCCUCUCAGUUCCAGGUCACUUAGUUCGCCUUGCCUGAUCAAACAUUUCUGGGUUGACCUCUGGGUAAGUACACACUGUCUUUGGUUUGUUUAGUUUAUUUUAUUUUACUUUAUUUUAUUAUAAUCAUUACUUUAUAAAUCUUGAUGUCUGGGGACACUUAGGUCCUCCUCCUCACUGCACUUAAAGGUCGGUGUAUUCCACUUUAUCAAAAGUGCAAUUGAUGUGGGAAUUUACAGUAGACAUGCUAAAAAGCAAAGUCAGCAUGCUGUAAUAAUAUGCGUAGUGGUUUCCAAGGAAACGUGGUGAGCUAAAACAUGUUGCAAGGAUUUCGCCCUCCAAGCUUGAGCCAACUUACUGCUCCUCUUCUCUCCAUUGAUUCCCAUUAGGAACCCAGGGGAGACUUUGAAUGCUAAAUACAUGCCUCACAAGGAUGACACAAUAGAUUUUCUGGGAACAAGUGGACUGUUACAAGGCUAUCCCAGUGAUUUCCCUUCCCCCCUUAUCCUAAUGAUGGCCUGAAUCAGACAACACCUGACUCACCUCUGUGGACACAGCUGGCUUUUACCAAAGGCCAUCCGGCUCUGUGGCGUCAAUUUGUUUCCCACAAGCCCCUCCUUCUGUCCAGUUCCCAGCUGAGUUUUGGUAAAACUAACACCAAAACAGAUGCCGAGUAUCUUUUUAAGCACUGAACUGAUCUGUUUUUCUUUUUUUAUUCUCAUUUUUAGGUUUUCAAUUACAGGCAACAGCAAUUGUAAAACUCUGACUGUUACUGAUGAGUAAAAUCAAUGAGUUGUUUAAAGGAAGGCAAAGUCUGACAUGACACCAUAGCCUGGUGUUAAUCUACAACACAAUAACUACCUGAGGCUUGUGGUGGUCAUAGCUGAGUCAGCAGGGAGGGCGCUGAUGUGGACUGUCUGAGCAGUCUAUCAGUCACACGCAUGUUGCCAAAGAUUUGACUGUCUUUACAUGACGAUCUGAAGUCACACUUCCUGUAGACAGCCGUACGCUGAUGUAGAAAUUGGUGAUGAUAAAGAAAGUCUCACUAUAGGGAGUAGGAGGUAGGGUCACCACAGAGGAGAAAUUUACUUUUUGUAAUCAUAUUGUUGACACUCAACACUGUACUAUUCUAAUGGAGUGUUACAAGGUCUAAGAUAAGGCUAAACCCAAUUAUUAAGAUCUUCUGCUUGUAUGAUAAAUCAAUGGAUUAUAACUCACUAUAGCAGAUAUAAGGCAUUCAAGUUUCUAUCAAAAUACAGUGUUUUACUAUAUUGUCAUUCAUGUUUAGGUGCUGAUCCGUCCAUGUGGGCUCUGUAGCUGUAAAUCCAAGACACAAUUUAAAAAAACACUACUAAUUAUAUUAGUAAAACAUUAAAGUAUGCAUUUUAAUGUUUAAUGAGGUGUAUUUGAAGAGAGAACUUUUAGAUCUUAGCGUAAUAAUAGAUUUUGGGAACUUUACAGCAAUCAUUAAAAUAUUCUCAUGAUCACUGCAAGGAAAACAUAUAAAUAAUAACCUGUUGCCCCUGGAUACCAGCUGCUGUUGUUGGGAAAUAAUGGUCUUGAUGAAGUUACCCAAGAUCUGGCGCCCUCUAAGGGAACUGGUACUCAGUGUUUGUGAGACACUGUUGCUGUGAAUUUCUCAGAAACUGAUUACACAAACCGCUUCAGCUAAGACUGAAUGAUUACCUCACACUUGACGCUUACAAGGAACCUUUACCAAAAAAUAAGAUUGAAAUGAUAUGAUUUUGUAAUUCUUCAGCUGGUUCUAAAAAUCUGAAAAAAAAAAUAAUGAAAAAGUGUUUACAAAACACUAAAGAGAAAAAACUAGGUUACUAGAGGUAAGUAAGUAUUGCUUGGAAUUCCUCACUAACUUCAUUUAGGAGGAGCAGUAGGGGGAGGGCACUUCGCAUGGCAGGAAUAAAUACAUUCUUCCUGUCCGCCAAGAGAGGCUUUACUGGAAAGAGGGGGGCGGAGUCUCCUCUCAGUUAUAGGGCUCGAAUCCUCUGCACUUCUUCCACUUAAAACCCUGAGCUCAGUGGGGUAGCUUACAGUCUGUAACAGACCGAGAGAACUGCUUUACAAGUCUGGUCAAACUUUAGAACAUUUCAACCCUCCUGACAGACAACAGGAUAACUGUAAACAACCUUCUAUCCAGCGUUUGGAUUUAUUUGAAAAGAGCGAGUCUGGAGAAACAUUGAAGGUGUUUCAUUUCCAGAGAGCUGACCUCUUCAUGCCCUCCCAGACAUCCCUCUGAACCUCUGUUUAACUCCACCUCUUCUUCUCUCCUCUGUGUGGCGCCCGGUGCUCCCCAGGCUACUUAGAGAGCGGGCACAGCGCCAUGGUAACUCACAGCAAGUUUGACUCCGCAAUGAGCAGCAGCCUCUUGGACUCCAACAUGCGGCUGCCUUACCGUUACAAGACUUUCACCUCCAAGACGCAGUACCAGAUGAUCCUCACCACGCUCCAAAAGCUCCAGGAGAGUGGCUUCUACUGGGGUGCCAUCACUGGGAAGGAGGCCAACGCCAUGCUGGCAGCCGAGACCACCGGCACCUUCCUCAUCCGUGACAGCUCCGACAACCGUCACCUGUUCACCCUCAGUGUUAAGACGGCGUCAGGCACCAAGAAUCUGCGGAUCCAGUGCGACACUGCGUCUUUUUACCUGCAAACAGACCCUAAGAACAUUCAGUCCGUUCCCCACUUCGACUGCGUCCUGAAGCUGGUGCAUUACUACAUGCCACAGAGCAAGGGGAACACUCGCAGUGGGAAUAUGUACUACAUUUACUCUGGAGGAGAGAAAAUCCCCCUGGAGCUCAUCAAACCUCUCUCCUGCAGCUUGUCCACCUUGCAGCACCUGUGCAGGAAAACAGUCAACGGGCAUUUGGACAUUUCCUCUAAAAGAGAUCAGCUUCCUCAUCCUCUUAAGGAGUUCCUCCAGGAGUAUGAUGCUCCUAUCUAGAGGUGUUGGACUAAUGCUCUUGAAGGAGCAGACACUUAAAAGUGUAAUGAAGACGGUGGAUGGUUUUGGUACAACUACAUGUGUUUUGUCUGAGGAGGAAUGAUUAAGCAGAGAACAAGAGAGUCAAACCCAGGACUGAGCUUGUGAAAAGGAGCCGUUUUGUUCUGACAAGAUGUGCCUACUUCUCAGAGAAAAGUGAGCUUGCGUCCACAUUUCAGGAAAGAGACACUGGAUUGAUGAGGACUAACCCACAAAGAGGGCCAAGAGAAAUAGCUCUGCUGUAGUCUGGUGGUAUGAAAGAGAGAUAACCCCCGUCGUCCUCCUCCGUCUCACUGAUGACGUACAACUUACUGAAAACUGAAGUGAGGCUCACAGUCAGCUGUCUGCACUCUGAUGACACACAGGUUCCCUCUGCUGCUGCUAACCAAUGUGCUGCGAGGCUGUCAAGCUCGCGCACAUCAGCCUCAGAAAAUCAUCUACCCAUUAAAGCUGGACUGGCUUUAUUUUGAUCAGACUGGCUUUUUUGUUUCUGCUGACAUUGGAUGAUAAUCUUGGACAGAUUAGACAUGUCCGUUCAGGGACCAAGCAUCUCUGACCAAGUGUACGCUGGAGAUUCACAGACAGUGGAAACUGUGCCAGCCAUGAUGGGAAAGGGCUGAACUUUUUUUUUUUUUUUUUUUUUUUAAUCUGAAUCUAUUUUAAGACCAUAAAAUGUGGAAAGAGGAUAUGUUUCUGAUAUUCUGUUCAGAGGAAGGGUUUAUGCCAAACUUGCCUGAACUAGACAACAGUUUGUUGGAACACCAACAUGACUGAAUCCUACAGGAUCUUAAUUUAGAGAACAGUACCACUGCUGUGAGUCAGAAGUUUGUAUGGCAUCAGUGGUGAGGAAGUAUGUACCAUAAGAUGUGGUACUAUCUGUGGUGCAACACAGGAUCGCCACUGCUUGCAAAUGAAUGUAUUAAAACAUGGUAUCUUUCCUUUCCUAAUAAGGAAAAGAGUCAAAAUGUGUCCUUUCCUUAAAACAAUGUUUACAUGAGUGAAGAUGAAAUGGUAAACCUGUCAUUGUGCUGUCUUUUGUAAAGAUGUACCUUUGCCAGCCAAACCACUGGCUGUGGAUGCUUGAAGAUAUUUGAGAAGUUUGACGAAGCAAGCAGACUGAUACAACUUUGCACUUAUUUAUAUUUGUAAGAACAUUUCAUUAAUUUAUAAUAAAGAUCACUAUUUUUCUAUGAAA